UGCUAUAUUUAUUUAUUUAUUUAUCUGCUUAAAAUUGUAACCCCCUCAGCGUCGCUGACUUAUUUUAAAAAUGUCGACAUCGUGAGGUUGUGACGGUGGAGGUUCUGACUGAGGCCGUGGUUUUUUUUUUCGUGGUUGGGCUGAAUCUGAAGGGGAAGAUGUGCAAUGGAAUGAUAGAGUCCAUUUCAAAUGCCUUUUGGGCCCACACUAACACUAAACAGUCCUUUUUGUUGCUGCUGGUACUGACUCUAGUCUCUACCGGGCUGGGUUCAGGAUGUGUGAGGCCAUACAUGGUCCAGAACAGCUGGGUAAACCUCACAGACACGAACAGGGGCUUGUUCCCUGUGGGCACGGUUCUGCAGUACAGCUGUGACCCCGGUUACUUGCCAAACGGACCCAGCAUUCUCACUUGCACUACAAUAGGGCGGUGGUCCUCUGAACCGCCUCAGUGUAUACGCAGUGGUGCAUGUUUACCCCUCUCCAAACCUGAGAAUGGGGGCUACACCUGCCAUCCGUCCCCAUGUCGAUUGUUUUCCCACGGCACUAUAAUUGAAUUUAUCUGUAAUGAAGGUUUUGCUCUCAGUGGAGACUAUCCAUACUUGACCUGCCAGGAUGGACAAUGGGACGGCCCCAUGCAGAUCAGUUGUGUAAGCAAAGGUUGUAUAAGGCCUUCUGUGGUGCAGUAUGGUUCAACUAAUCUGACCGACACCAACACCAGCUUGUUCCCAGUCGGCACGGUACUACAGUACAGCUGUGACCCUGGUUACAUGCUGGUUGGACGCAGCAUCCUUACCUGCACAACAAUCGGAGACUGGUCCUCCAAUCUUCCUCGCUGCAUACGUAGUGAUGUUUGUCAGCCUCCAUAUCAACCAGAAAACGGAGGUUACUCGUGCCACCCCUCCCCAUGCAGACGAUUUUCUCACGGCACUGUCGUCCAGUAUUUCUGUGAUGAAGGUUAUGUUCUGAAAGGAGACUACAAGUUUCGGACCUGUCAUUAUGGGAAAUGGGACAACCUGAUGUCAAUCAGCUGUGUUAUCAAACAAGGUUGUGUCAGACCUUCAAUGGUGCAGCACGGCUCUAGUAACCUGACAGACAUGAACAGUAGCUUAUUCUCCAUCGGCUCAAUACUUCAGUACAGCUGUGAUCCUGGUUACAUGUUGGAGGGGCCCAGCAUCCUCACCUGCACCACACUGGGUCACUGGUCCUCUGAACCUCCACGCUGCAUACGCAGUGACGAAUGUCAGCUUCCGUAUCAGCCGGAGAACGGAGGCUUCACAUGCCACCCCUCCCCAUGCCGAAGACUUUCUCACGGCACCGUUAUUGAGUAUUUCUGCGACGAAGGUUAUAUUCUGAAGGGAGACUAUAAAUAUCUUACCUGUCAGUAUGGGGAGUGGGACAGCCAAGUGAAGCUGAGCUGCGUCAUGGAGCAAGACCACAGUCUAGCUUUGCCUCUAGGGAUGCCAGCUUUGUCCAUAGUUGCUUCCACAGCUUCCUCAGUGGCUCUCAUCCUGCUCCUGGUGGUGCUGUUUGUGCUUUUGCAGCCUAAACUCAAGUCGUUCCAUCGACGUGAUCCCGGUGUGUCGGGGCAGGCGGUGACCAUCAUGGUGGAAGGAGUCCAGGUGACUCUGCCUUCCUAUGAGGAAGCGGUGAACAGCAGCGGAGCGUCAACACUCAGCUCUGAGUCUCGAGUCCAGAUAGUGUUGUCUGAGGGUCAGCAUGCCUCAACACCAGAGGCUGGGCCCACCAGACCAUCUUCCCUCAAACAGCAGCAGUCAGAGAUGGCGGUGGUCCACCCCGUGCUCCCAUCCUCCUCUUCCCCUUCACCUUUGUCUUCUGUUUGGGGUCUGGAACAUGGAGGCGCCAUUGGAGGCUCCUCAUCCUCACACAGAAGGCCGUCUGCAGCCAGUGACCAACAAAGCCUGUCACUAGACUCUGAGAUGGACUACUCAGAUGAUAUGCCAUUACUGAAGGAAGCCUGAAUCAUGCCACGACCUUUGGACUCACCGGAGACGACGUCUUUCCUAAUGACCUGUGCUGGAUAGCAGGAGUUUGUCAACAACAGUCGCUCAGAGGGAAGCUGUGUUUCACUCUGAAUAGUUCAUCUGACCAUCCCAAAGGAAUGCAGAGAAGAGACUUUCAUGUGUAUACACGCUUACAUUUGUAUGGGCACUCCCACGGUGUGUAUGUUUGUCUGACAUCUGAAACUGGAUUUGUAAUGUGGAGUGCAUAAGAACAAAAAAGAUGUAUUAAAAAAAGAGACUCAUGCAUUUCACGUAUAUGAGCAAAGCUGCAAACUCGUUCUGAAAACUGAAAAUGUAAUAUGUGUCUUGUUUACUGUUACUUUUCACAUUUUAUCACUUAAACACAAAGAUGCAUGAUGGCAAGGAAUGAAAGUUCACUAUUUUGUCUUUUAAAUAUUUAAAUUUCAAACGAAUAAUCAUGACUCAUAUCACUCAUCGCUGUAGAAUAAGACGUUGUGUCCAACUAUGAGCGCCUGCACUUAACUUAUUGUUUCUAAAUGUUUUUCUCUUUAUGCUAAUCCCCACCCCUGCAAAGCCUUAGCUUCCCACUUCUAUGCACACAUAUCUAUAAUAUGUGUAAUAAGGAGUUUGAAUAAUGAAUGUGAGUUAAAUGCCUCCACUGCUUAAUGAUAUUAUGUGUGGCGUUGUCAAACAUAUCACCUGUGCACCUGAAGAUAUUGUCAUGUUAAUUUAUUGAGGCUGCUGAGGAAUUCUUGCUUUAAACCUAAGCGUGUACGUAAUUUAUUUGUGCAGAUAAAGCUGUUGAUCAGCCAUGGCUUGUGACGCCUCUGCAGCUCAUG